AUAUGGCAUAAUAAAUCUAACAAAAAAAAAAUCUACAUAUACAAUUAGCUAGAAAAAAAAAUGGGAGUAGUUAAAGAUCUCCAAAUCUCGAUUAUUUUCAAGUCUGUAUUGCUCUACUCAUGUAUACAGAUUUGUAGCAGCCAUGUUUGCAACCCUUUUCUCCACAAACACAACUCUUCCCUUUCCGGUGUUGUAAACGCUAUGGCGAAUUCAGCGGAGACGAAGAGAUGGAUGGUGAAGAUAAGGAGACAAAUCCACAGGAAUCCAGAGCUUGCUUUUGAAGAAUUUGAGACUAGCUCUCUCAUCAGAGAUGAGCUGGACCGAAUGGGGGUUCGGUAUCAGUGGCCGGUGGCUCGUACAGGUGUCGUCGCGGCCAUAGGUUCGGGUUCUCCUCCGGUUGUGGCACUUAGAGCUGACAUUGACGCUCUGCCAAUCCAGGAAUUGAGAGAAUGGGAGCACAAGAGCCAAGUGAAGGGCAAGAUGCACGCCUGCGGCCACGACGCCCACACCGCAAUGCUUCUCGGCGCUGCAUCGAUUCUGCACCACCUCCGCAUCUACUUGACGAUGGCGCAGGGAACGGUGGUGCUGAUAUUCCAACCGGCGGAGGAGAGCGGCGAGGGCGCGAGGGAGAUGGUGAGAGAGGGCGUGGUCGACAACGUCACCGCUAUUUUAGGGCUGCACACCGUGCACGGCUAUCCACGAGGCGCAGUCGCUUCCCGCCCGGGGAAGUUUCUGGCCGGCUGCGGGAGCUUCAAGGCUGUGAUCGGCGGCCGUGGAGAUGCAGCCGAUCACAUCUUGGCUGCUUCUGCUUCGAUUAUAAGCUUGCAGAAUAUUGUGUCUAGAGAGACUGACCCUUUAGACUCUCAGGUGGUUUCUGUGACUAUGGUGCACGCGGGAGAUGCAACCAAUGUAGCCACGAUUGCGGGAACGUUCAGAGCAUUCGGCAUAAAUAGCAUGAAUGCAAUUAGGAAAAGAAUUGAAGAGGUUAUAAAAGGUCAAGCUGCGGUGCAGCGAUGCUCGGCGGAGGUGGAAUUCGACGGAGAAGAGCAUCCGACGCUUCCGCCGACCAUAAACAAUGAGAAAAUAUACGAACAUGUGAAGCAAGUUUCAUGGAAUGUUGUUGGGGAAGAGAAGACGAUUUUGGCUCCAACGUUUAUGGGGAGUGAAGAUUUUGCAGUAUACUUGGAGAAAAUAGAAGGAUCGUUCUUGCUGUUGGGAGUUGAAAACGAAAAGGCAGGAUCUGUUUACCCACCUCACAGCCCUUACUUCACAGUUGAUGAGGAUGUUCUUCCCAUUGGAGCCUCAAUCCAUGCUCUUUUUGCAAUUUCUUAUCUGCUCAAUCUAACUACCCCUUGCCAAUUGCUAAUUUGAUUUACUAUUAUUGUCAUCUUCAACUAUUAUGCUUUAAUAAUUUCAGUUAUGCAUACAUAGUUGCAUGCUCCAUCAAA